UAUUUAGUAGUUUAUUCCCUCCGCAUUCACAAAUGUAGCAAUGUUGCAGGGCUCGCUGCCAGAAUCCAUCGCGUCGGGGCUAGUAUAUAAAGUGGCCAGUUUGGCUAUCAGGCAUCACACACCACAGUGAGCCAUACACAUCUAAACAUGUUCGCCAAGCUGAUCCUCGCCCUCGCCGCCUUCGUGGCCGCCGCCCAGGCCGGACUCGUGCCCGCCGCCGUCGCCUACACGGCCACCCCUCAGGCCAUCUCUCCGUUCAGCUACUCCGCCAACCUGGUGCAGCGCAACCUUGCCGCCCCCUUUGCCUACGCUGCCCACCCCCUCGCCUACUCCGCUCCCCUCGCCUAUGCUGCCCACCCCGCUGCCCCCAUCGCCUACUCGGCUCCCCUGCACGCCCCCCUGCUCUUCAAAUGAACACUAUGAUUGCCGCCGCAAUGACUGUUUUGUAAAAUACAUGGUUGAAAAUUAAAUUAUAAUUUUGCACUAAAA